GUGAAAUCGACUUAAAACACGAGAAUCAACAUCUCAAACGGCUCAAGAAUAGGGGUAAAAACAUGUUCAAUCAAUUGUCUAUCAAACUCCCCCACACUUAACCGUUUGCUUGUCCCCGAUCGUCGGUAGAGUAUUUCCUAGAUCAUAUAGCUCUUUGCGAGGUCAACUGGUCUUUUAAGACGUUCCCUAUCUCUCUCAAUGCGAGUACUAGACUCAAGCGAGGAUCAUGAGAAGAAAUGGAAGUAAGACAGCCAGUUCAUGGAUAAAGGGACUCACACCAUUCACAACCAAGGAUUCGUUGUACCGGGGUGCUCUUUCACUUCAUUUCACCAUUGGAACCCCUUUUUCUUUUUCUUCAUUCACUUGGUGAGGGUUCCAACUGCAGUCUUUUGCAUGGCCGACCCUUAUUAGACGAGCAAGAGCAAUUUCUGUACAUCUGGCGCUCGCCAGAGUACUUCUUUUAACUCCUUUUCCUCAACUUGUGUGGAGGGCAAUGAAAUUAAGGGGGGUCGGAAGCUCUAUUCGUGCCCUUAAAAACAUAUCCUCAAUUAGGCAAACCGUUCAACGGGUGAAGAUUUUACUUGUACUAGAGACAACUUAGUUUCACCUUGUAGGAGUACCCCACUAAGGAUCACUAAAAUCUCUUCCAAAACCCGAUUUUGUGCAAUGAAUGGUGCCACACAUGUUGGACUUACCCCAUGUUUAAGAUUUCAAUGAUUUCAACAUGGAGGACCAACUGCUUUUCAUUUCCUACAUGAGCACCAUGAUCGAUACACGAGUCCAUAACACAAUCCAAUCAGAGUCACCAUUACCACAUGAAUUCAACGGUCUUAGCUCCACUAAUUCACAAAAUCAACUGGCACAGUAGAGAGCUAGAUAGGAAAAAUCUUAUACUUCAACAUCCUCCAUAGUGCUAAACUACCUCCCUAGGUUGCACAUUACUACAGAGACUGUCAAUUCAAAGCAUACUGAGCAGGCAAUUUGCAAGGAAACACGUACUUGGAGCCCUCAAAUCGAAAUUUGGACAGUGGACUAGGCUCCAAGCACACAAACAGCCAAACAUUCACACGCAUACACAAUCGAUCAUCCCCCCACACUUAAGCACGACAUUGUCCUCAAUGGAGGAAAGAUAAGGAGGGUAGAAUGAAGUUACCAGAUCAAGGGUGAAUGAUGGUGGACGGGGCAGGCGGUGUAUUCAAGGAGGAGAGAGUAGUGGGAACACAAACACCACAAAAUCUCACAAAGGUUGAAUUAUUUACUCUAAAAUAAAAUAACAAAAUUGACUCAACUGAGGAGAAAAAGAGAAAGAAAUGCAAAGUGACUGGUUUGGUAGCCUCCCAACAAGCGCUUCUUUCCCGUCGUGAGCCAGACGAUGGCUCCUAAGUUUCGGUCCACCCCAGAACCUCUUUGAAGUUGAGGUUCUUGUCAGUGAGUUGGAGUCUCAAGUCACGAACAUGUGGUAUACAGGUGAUGGAAGCUCGUGCACUUGAUGCGGAUGAAGUCUCCACCCUCGAGACCUCUUCUUCUCUUCUCUCGUCUCAUUGCCCCAAACCAGAUAUGACAACAUCGAUUGACCACCAUUGCAUCUACCAAGAGGGACCGAUGUCUAUGUGGCCUUGGUCUGGCAAAGAUACACUGCAAAUGGAUCCUUGCUAAGCAGUUCUUCGAAGUUUAGUGUAGAUAUCACAUGUAACUCAUGGCUGGUGAAAGCCUCUUCCACCUCAACUUCGUCCUCGGCCUGGACGCCAAUUGCUUCUUCAACCUCCCUUCCUUCUUCAUGUGGUAUCACCCCUGGGAAAUGAUCAAGAACUCCUUAUACUUCACUUUCGUCAUCCUCCACAACUUUUUUCUGCACCCUUUCUUGCUCUUCUUCUUCCAGCACGGAUUGAAGGGCAAGUCUCCAAGCAAUUUCUUUGAUGAGAUUAUCUUGCAUCUCCUCACUCAUGCCCGCCUCUUCAAAGCUCGGUGUGGGAUGUGGGAAGGUGUGGUCGGCUACAAUAGGACAUUCCUGAUCAUUAUCAUCACGGGAGCUCUCAGUGACAACUUCUGUCUGCUCCACACUGUCUUCGUAGCCUUCGUCUUCCUCCUCCUCUUCUUUCAUAGUAGCAGAAGGUUAAUCUUGAGCAGGCUAUGCAUAAGAUUUCUCAAGAUCAUCGAGGCUCUUCUUAAUGCUCAAGAGGAUCUCAUCUGUUUCACGAUAGGCUUGGGUACAAAGAUCCAUCCUGGAGCAUGAUCUCUCACUGUCUUGAGCAAAAUGCUCCAUGAGAAGCCUCAAUUCAUAGUUUGGAUCUGGCUGUGGAGUGUAGCAUGGCUCUGCAAAAUGGCCCGUGAAGGCUACCAUGGGUAACUCCAGCUUCAAUGGCCCUUCUAGUUGUGGGAGAAAUUUUUCUUGGUAAUGAGGUUGUUCUUUAUAUGCCUGACACGCCAAAACACAACACCAAUCUGCGACCAAGUGUAAUCGCAGACCGGGAAUGCAGUAACAGGCAAGUUAUAUUAUCAACCCGGGGUCUAGAUCUACUGCUUACUCAGUGAUUCUCUGUUAUCUAGUCAACUAAAGUAAGUGAUUGUUGUUUAAACUAAAAGCAGAAAUAAAGCAGGAAUUUAUUCGGUUUUCUCAAGCAGGAAAGAGUCACUCGGGAAUGAAUCCCCCUAGCUCCUUAGUUAGGUUCAAUUGCAAUUUACCCUGGGUUGAUUUACUGUUGAUUAGACUGCGGAAGAUCCGGCAGUAGCUUGGAAUCUCUUAAGCUGACCAAGCCCUCUCAGUCUAACUAUCCGGCAGACGACUAGUCUUCACCGGGAUAGAAAGCUGAAGCAGUAAGAACAGAAAUUCACUACUGGAAUUAGAUUCCAGUACAAAGCAGUAAACUGGCUAACUCUCGUAUAGCCAAUCUCCUACUAUCGAAUGAUGAGACUCUAGCAACCUAAUCAGAUUCUAUCUAUCUCAGAUUGCAACAAGAAUCAGGAAAAGUUGAUCAGACUUCAAUUGACUCAAUAAACAUGCAUCAUUCGAUUAAAAUCAAAACAGUAAUAUCAUCCCAAGUCAUUACAAUCAAUCCCCUAACACAUAGAAUUAGGGUUCUUCAUCCCCAAGUGAGAGAGGGGUUCUACUCCAUAGAGAGAGAUAAGAAAACAGUAAUCGGAGUAGUCAUACUCAUAAUGAUGAGGAAAAUCUGCUCCGGGAUGAUGAUUUCCACUCCUAGGACGAUCUCCAAGCUUGAUUUGAUGAAACCCAGCUCCAAGAUGGCUUCUAGGAUGUGUUCUUCGUCCUUUCUCUCUCUAAAACUCUGUUUUUGCUCAAAAAGUCCGAUCCUCUCUCUUGCAGCCCGGAAUUGGGUUAAAACCAGGAAAUCCCGACUCACACGGGCAGGGCCACACGGCCGUGUGGCAUACCCAGUUGCCCGUGUGAGUUAAAACGCUGCGUUCCACUUAGUUCGAUUUUCAGGCUUCUCACACGGCCAGGUUGGCACGGCCGUGUUUGAUUUCCAUCUGCCCGUGUCUGCUCACGGCAAAAGUCACACGGCCAGAUCACUUCGCCACAUGGCCGUGUGCAUUGUCAGGGCAGGCCGUGUUUGCUCUCGGCAAAACUCGCACGGCCAGAAAUAUGAGUUGCACGGCCGUGUGAUUUGUGGGUGUGCCCGUGUGGCCUCCUUUGUGACUUGCCUCGCGCCCGAUCUUCGUCCAAUCGACCCCAAACUCGCUCCCGAGUCUCCAUUCACGUACUAGGACCUGAAAUAUCACAAACAAGCACAACCUAGCGUGAAAUCGGCCUAAAACGCGAGAAAUCACAUCUCAAACGGUGUAAGAACAGGGGUAAAAACAUGUGUAAUUAACGGUCUAUCAAACUCCCCCACACUUAACCGUUUGCUUGUCCCCAAGCAAACCAAGUCAGACACAAGGUAAGCUUACAUAUCUCAAUCAAUCAACAUUGGGGACAAGUCAUAAAGGCACAGAACACGU